AGUAAUUUAUUUAGCCUUUUUAUAUAUUUACAUUGAAUCAUAACUCAUAUUGCAAAAUAUGCAUGGCAAACUAGAAUGGUUCGACCAUGGGUAGGAUGGCUUUGUAUACUAUUGUUUAUUUCAAUAGUAUUUUGUUUGUAUCUCUCAAUAAAUGCUCCAAUUAUAAAAAAUCCAUAUAUAAUUUCAAAUAAUUUAGAUUUAUCAAGAAAUAAGGAAUUACAAAAGACUUUUUAUUAUUCUACAUUAAAUGAUAAAGAAUCUUUUAUCAGUCAUACAAAAGUAAAAGAUUGUUCAACAAUUCAUAUUGCAAUAGUAUGUGCAGGUUAUAAUUCGACAGUUACUCUUGUAACUACUGUAAAAUCCAUUUUAUUUUAUCGUACUAAGCCUUUACAUUUUCACUUAUUAGUAGAUGAAAUUGCUUUACAAACCCUUAAUAUAUUAUUUAAUACUUGGAAUAUACCACAUGUUGUAAUAUCGUUCUAUAAAAGUGAAGAAUGGAUUCCACAAGUUUCAUGGAUUCCAAAUAAGCAUUAUUCAGGAGUAUAUGGAUUAUUGAAGCUUGUUCUUCCAGAUAUAAUACAGGAAAGCAAAAUAUUAGUAUUAGAUACAGAUGUGACAAUUCUUAAUGACAUAUCGCUACUUUGGAGUUUAUUUAAAAAUUUUAAUGAAGAACAAGUUUUAGGAUUAGUUGAAAAUCAAAGUAAUUGGUAUAUAAUACCAUCUUUAUUCAGUAUACAUCCAUGGCCAGCAUUAGGUAAAGGUUUUAAUACUGGUGUAAUGCUAAUGGAUUUACAACAUUUACGGGAAAAAAAAUUUACAAAAUUAUGGAGAAGUACUACUGUAACUGUCUUAAAGGACAUUUUAGAAACAAGUUUAGCAGAUCAAGAUAUUAUUAAUGCAGUUAUUAAAAAUAAUCCACAAUUUAUUUAUAUAAUAAAUUGUACAUGGAAUGUUCAACUAAGCGAUCAUGCACUAAGUGAAAUGUGUUAUAAUACUGCUGAGAAGAUAAAUGCAAUUCAUUGGAAUUCACCAAGAAAACAAAAUGUUAAGAACAAAUAUACACUUGAUUUUAAACAAAUGCAUCAAAUAUUUUUAGAACUCGAUGGUAAUUUACUAAGACGAAGAUUAUUCGGUUGUGAUAUGAAUAGGGCAUCAAGUCAAAAUAAUGAGAUGGAUCCAUGUUUUAAAUUUAAAGAAGAAGGAAAUAUUAUAUAUAGAACUCAUACUUUCUAUCUUGAAUUUGAAUACAAUGUUAUUAAUCCUGUUGAUGUUUUUCUUGCUACUCAAUGCAGUAUUGACAGAAUGGUAUUGUUGGAAGAAUUAUCUAAACAUUGGCCAGGGGUAAUAAGUAUUGCUCUUUAUUUGACUGAUGCUGAAGUACAAAGUUUUCUAGAUUUUGUUCAUAACUCUCCAGAUUUAAGGCAUAGAAGAAAUAUUGCUUAUCAUAUUGUUUACAAAGAAGGGGAAUUUUAUCCUGUUAAUUAUUUGAGAAAUGUUGCUAUGACUUAUAUAACGUUGCCAUACAUUUUUCAAUUAGAUAUUGAUUUUUUACCUCAAAUUGGUUUAUAUAAAAAUUUAAUGAAUUAUAUUAUUCAACAAAAUUUAACAGAAUCUCAUCAUGUUGCCCUUGUUGUACCUGCCUUUGAGACUCAAAGAUAUAGAUUUAGUUUUCCAUUAUCAAAAACAGAAGUUUUAAGCUAUUUGAAUCAUGGUAUUUUAUAUACGUUUCGUUAUCAUGUAUGGUCUCAAGGUCAUGCUCCAACCAAUUUUACAUUAUACAAAAAUGCAACCGAGCCUUAUGAAAUCUCUUGGGAACCCGAUUUUGAACCUUAUAUCGUUGUCUCGAGAUCAUCCCCCGUUUAUGAUACAAGAUUUAUUGGAUUUGGUUGGAAUAAAGUGUCUUACAUAACACAUUUAACAGCUUUAGGAUAUAAAUACAUCGUUUUGCCCGAUACAUUUAUUAUACACCGACCACAUGCACCGAGUCGCGAUAUUGGAAAAUUCAGAACAAAUCCUGCCUACAGAAGGUGUUUGAAGGAAUUGAAAGACACGUUUGUAAAGGAUUUGCUCAAGAAGUUAGGAAAUAUGGCGAUGAUGAAUCUUAAAAAAAUAUUUACUAAGGAUGAUAAAAUUCUUCAGAAUAUUACAAAUAAA